AUGCCCAAACAACGAUACGCAUGCGAACUCUGUCAGCGUCCGCUCCGAAACCUCGGUGAAGCCAAAACCAACCAUGACAGAGCGUGUUCUGGGUUCAAAAGGCUGCAUUUGAUGCACGUUUCUCGGGUCCAAGAAGAUUUUGCUGCAAGAGCAAAAACACAUCAUGAUGUCUCAGCCUCCCCUCCUCCCGCGCCUCCUGGGCCAGCUCAAGUUAUUCCCAUCGAUGACGCUCCUCCCGUAAAACGCAAGAGUGGCUUACCUGCGCGACGGACGCGUGUUCCCGCGAAAUUCAACGAUGCAGCGCCUCCGCCAGCUCCGAGGUUACGACGUUUGCGUUCAGCUCUCACAAAUCCCGGCGUUGGGCCGGUUUCUCUCCCUCCGUCUCAAUCUCAACCAGAAAUCGAUGCAGCACCACCAGCAGCACCGUCUCAACAGUGGCUACAGACGGAGCCAAACGAGUUUGGACUCUAUAAAGUAUAUCCCCGCCGACCCACGCAUGAUCCUGACGCUUUCGUUCAACCCAAGGAUUUGUAUCGGGUCGCCCAGCACGACGAACGAUCUUCCGAAAGCAUACCACUCCCAACGGAGCCUUGGUUUUAUCCUUUUCCCAACCCGUCUGUCGCCCACCUUAUCAAAUAUCAUGUCGAAGAGGAAAACCCCCAAUCUAUUGCGGGUUUUGACCGCUUUAUUCAAAGCAUCCUCCUUCCAAACGCAGAAGCUCAAUCCGAUGGGGUCUCAUUAAGCGAGCUCCCUACACCGUUUUCAACCCAGAAGUUUCUGGAUAAGCUCGAUAAGCACGGCGUCGAACCACUGGGCAUCAACGACAAAUGGAGUCGCGGAGCAGUUAUGCUCAAACUACCAUGCGUCGGCGUCCACCAGGCAGAAAGUAACGCGCCAGUCUUCAUCGUCGACAAUAUCUAUUAUCGCCCACUUCUGGAUCCUAUCCAAGAAGUACUUCAAGGCCCUCUCUUCCAGCAGUUGCACACGACACCUUUCUCCCUGAGAGCAGCCCCGGGCCCGCAGAAUGGAACGAUGCCUGAAACGAUGCCCAACUUUGUCACAGAGGAGCUGCCUACUAUCGUCGAUGAACAUGGACUGCCCCCCCUUCCUAAAAACCACGAGGAGGUUUUCGGCGAAAUCUAUACGUCGGCCGCAAUGCUCGAGGCAUAUCAUGCAAUCCCUCAACCUCCACCGCCGCAAACUGCUGAUGAUCCUGUUGAGAGCAUCGUUCUGGCUCUCAUGGAAUGGUCAGACGCAACUCAUUUGGCUCAAUUUGGCACGGCCUCGCUGUGGCCUGCUUACACUUUCUUCGGUAAUCAUCCUAAAGACUUUCGUGGCAAGCCGACAUCCAAAGCGGGCUUUCAUCAAGCGUACUUCGCAUCACUUCCUGACUCUGUCCGUGAUUCUUACAGACAGCAAUAUGGAUGUGACAUGCCUGAUGAGGUAUACACCCACCUCAAGCGGGAGCUGAUCCAUGAAAUCUGGAACCUCCUCCUCUCCGACAACUUCAUGGACGCGUACGACAAUGGUAUCAAAAUCAAGUGUUGGGAUGGUAUCAUUCGACUUGUUUUCCCUCGCUUUUUCAUCUAUGGCGCCGACUACCCUGAGAAGGUUCUUCUUGCGACUAUUAGGAGUCUUGGUGGAAAGCCUUGCCCUCGCUGUUUCGUAGAAAAGAAGAAAAUAUCCGAAACUGGAACAGUCAAUGACAUGAAGCGCAGGAAGCAUGUCCGUAUCGAUAAUCAUCCGAGACGUGCCACCAUCGAGGACGCAAGAAAAGCUAUGUUCAGCAACGGCAACUCUCUUAUUGGCUCCAGCCUCAAUGCUAUCUUGAAGAAAGACUCUUGGAACGCUUUCUCGAAACUAGACACGCCGAAAACUCCCUUCAACCUCUUCAGCAUGUUUCGCCAAAUUCCUACCUUCGGUCGUGCUACCAUUCGCUCGUUCAGCCAUAAUGUGUCAGAACUCAAAUACGCUGCCGCCCGUGACUACGAAGACAUCCUUCAAUGUAUUCUGCCGGUUCUUGAAGGACUUUUCCCGUCGCAUCAAAGCCUGGUCGAUCAGUUGUGCUUCGAGCUUGCACUCUGGCAUGGUUACGCCAAGCUCUGCAUGCACACGACCUCGUCAAUCGAAUCUUUUCGCGCUGCUACUACGACUCUCUGUUCGACUAUUCGACGCUUUGCUCGGGAAACAGCCGACAUCAAAACUUUUGAGCUACCCCGAGAAGAACGCCGGAGAACAAAAAAGAAAGCCCCAUCCACCAGCCCAACACAUGUGGUUGACGGCAACCAAGAGAGGCCCGGGAAGCAGAGAACUAAAAAGCUCGAAAAGCCCUUCAAUCUGAUUACCUAUAAACUACACGCCCUUCCCGACUAUCCUGAUGCCAUUCUGCGCUUCGGAACCACCGACUCUACCUCGACACAGAACGGUGAGCUGGCUCAUCGGCUGGUGAAGCAUUUCUACAAGCGCACCAACAAACGCAACCAUGUCGGUCAAAUUGCUGCUCAUGAACGACGGAGGAGACUGAUGCGAACGAUGUGGGAGAACAGAAAACGCUUCAAAUCAGCAGGAAGCAAACCAGUCGCGCCAGCGGCAACAACCGUCAAACACAUUUUGCGGGCACGUUCCAAGCGUCAACGAAGGCUCCAAGUGGCAUUGCAUCCAGAGGCUAACCCCCGGUAUUCUGCUUACAUUCCCCCAGAGCAGCAUCAUUACAUCUCCAAUUCAACGCGAACGUUUUGGCACCUAGCAGACAUUAUGGGUGAUUCCACCGAGAGCGAAGAUGAAGGCGAUGGCCCGCCCAUCAAUCGCAUGGAAAUUGAUCCCCCAGAACAGGACCCUGUUCUCAAGGAUUUUGUCCGCCAUCUCAAGUCGCAUCUCCGCCAGCGCCUUCUGAACCUUGAGGACAAUGACAUCGACACACAAUUCAACGACGAGGAACUUAUCAGCGUUGUAAUCCAAGGGGACCUCAUCUACACCCACGCAACUAUGCGUGUCAACUACACCACGUACGAUGUUCAACGUGAUCAAGAUGUUCUCAAUCCCCGGACACGCAAAUUUCUUAUCGUUCACGCACAAGACCCCGAGGACCAUCACCGAUACUGGUAUGGCGAGUUACUGGGCAUAUUCCAUUGUUAUGCCGUUCUGGCCGACCAGCCACGAAAGGCUGAACGUAUGGAAUUCCUAUGGGUCCGAUGGUUGCAAAGAGACAUUAGCUAUCCAUGUGGCUUCCGGGAAAAACGUUUGCCACGUCUCUCCUACAUGCCUUUCCAAAGUCCUGAUGCUUUCGGCUUUCUCGAUCCGAUGUCGUUCGAGGUGCUCAUCUCAUACCCGCGUUUCACCAUGGACGGACACGCGACUAUCUUCCAAAAUCUGCGAUUCUCCGAAGGACAGAGCAUGACGAAGAUUGGAAAUACUAUUAUGCUAAUAUGUGAGGUCGUUGAUCGAGAUAUGCUCAUGCGAUACCAUACCAACGCCAUCGGCCAUCGGAAGGUUGCUGCUAGGUUCCGAGACGAAAGUGACGAUCUCGAAGCGACCGCUGCAGCUGAGGAUGUCGAGAUGGAGGACAUCAAUGAAGAAAGGCAACUUGAAGCGCCCUCAAUGGAGGAUGAUGAUACGGGAGGGAGAGGAGGGUGCCGAUCUUGA